AUCAAAUUCCCUUUUCAUUAUGAUUUCGUGAUUACUCUAUAGGACUCCUUUAACAAGUACGACGCAUGCGCACAAAGGUGAUGUAAAAAAUUCUAAAAAGUUCGUCAAAAUCAUCAAUAAAGUAGAAGAAUUUCUUGCGUAUUAUAUGGUGAUAUUUUGCUUGUACAUGUACCAUGGAGGAAAUGGAAGCUUCAAAUCCAUCAGGCAGGAGUAUUUGUUGGGUCCCUGGGCCUUGUUGCGAUGAAGAGCCCUGCAGAGAGUGCCUCAUCUCUAACGUCAUGUCUGGCGAUAUGAACAUAGUGACAUCUAUGUACGAAUGGGUGAAAGACAAUUGCAAAAAAGAAGUACAAACUCAGUGCCUUGAGAAAAUGCUCCAUGUUGGGAGCUAUAAGAACAUACCGGAAGUGGUGAAAUACAUUAUCUCCGAGGGUGCACUUAUCGACUUCAUACCAAGUGAUGAGAACAUGGAUUUUCUUGAUAAUCCCGUGCUUAAUCCACCUGGAAAUCCGCUUCUGUUUGAUGACAGGACUGAUAUAGAUGCUGGUAUGUCACCCCUCAUGCUCGCAGUUGUCCACAAUAAUUUAGAACUUGUAACUUGGCUUAUUGAAAAAGGAGUGUCACUUGAUAUUCGUAUUGAAGACCAAACUGCACUGACUUGUGCAAUGAACUGUCCUGACCCUGAUAUGGUAAAACUGUUAAUGGAGCAUGGUGCUGAUCCUAACAAACCAUGCUUCCUGGGAACUGCAUUACACAGAUGUAUUGAAUGUGAGGAUAAGAACCAUGAAAAACUUGCAGUAUUAUUAUCAUAUGACAGAACUGAUGUAAAUGCAAUGGACAAGCCACAACAAAAUGUCAAGGACAAUAAUGAUAAAAGAAAGCAGUCCCAAAGCAUUGGAAAUGAAAACAAUGCUGAACCAAACAAUCACAAUCAGAUUCCAAUACUUGAACAUGGAGAAGCUGACAAUGAUCCUGUUGAGCUACACAAUGCAGAUAACAUUGCUGGUAAUGCUGAUCCACAAAACAAUAAUCUGGAAGCAAUUGGUGAUAACCUGGAAAUACCACACAAUGAUGAUAAUGGUGGUGAAGGAGGAGUUGUUGUCAAUGUAAAUAACAAUGGUGCAGAUGACAAUCUGGUGAAUAAUGAUGAUGAUGAACACAGUGAAAGUGGAGAUGGGGAGACUGAUAUUCUUUUAGGUGCUAUUGAUUACGAGAAUGCAAUUCCUUGUUCACCUCUUAUGUUUGCCUGUGAUGGUGGUGAGGAAAAAAUAGUUGAGAUGCUCAUCGAGAGAGGUGCAGAAGUGAACAUGAUUAGUAGUAUUCAACAUGGGCCAGCUGUUACUGCCUUAAUGAACGCCUGUCACGCUGAGAGUAUCCCAUGUAUGGAGCUGCUCAUCAAGGCAGGAGCUGACCCAAAGAUCACAGACAGCAAUGGUGAUACGUUGCUCAUUAAAGCAGCAUGCACUGGAAAUAUAGAUAUCGUCAACUAUGUGAUGAAACUGAGUGAUUUCAAUGUGAAUACUGCUAACAAGUUCGGUAAAACUGCUCUGAUUGCUGCGACUAAGUCAUAUCGAUUGAAAGAGGAUCUGUCAGUUAUGAAGGUUUUGCUUGAGAAUAAAGCAGACCCAAAUGUGUACAGUAAGGGGAAUAAUGCUCUGUUCAAUGCAUUUGAAACUCUGAAGUCCUUGGAUGCUAUAAAAAUGCUUGUUGAAAAUGGUGCUAAUACAGGGCUUAUGCUGGGAGGAGUUGUUCAAUUAAUCAAACGUUCCAUCAAAAAUAACAUCUUCCAAAAUCAGGACAUCAUAAACGUAACACGUACCAAAGAUAUUGAGAUCUUCCGUUUUCUUGCAAAAUCACAAAGUCAGACAUGCUUGACCGCCUUCCAACAGGCCAUGGACAUGUACCUGAAGGGGACAAAAGAGGAGGCUGAACUUGUAGCUGCAUGUCAUGAUAUCCCUAAGGUUCUCAGUCUCCAACAUCAGUGCAGGGACGCUAUCAGGCUACAUUCAUUUAUGCACUUUCCAUGUGUAUUUGCCCACUGUGUGGACAGCUUUGACAUUCCAGUUCAUCUUAAAAAUUACAUUAUGUUUAAAGACUAGCCAUGAAAGUAUGUCCACUCUGGUACAAAAAGUAAUGUAUUGCACCAUAACCUUAACCAGUUCAUUUGAUCAGAAGGCUUGGAGAAUAACUGCUACAUAAAAAAUGUUUAGGUAAAAUGUGAAAUUUUGUCAGCUGAUGGAAUUCAGGUAUACAAAAAUAUUGUAGUUUUUAACAUAACCAAACUUUGGGACAUUUGAACACUUCACACAAUUUAAGUUUUUCUGAUUGUUGAAUUUUUUUCUGUGAUUGAAAUUUCUUUAAACAAAAAUGAUCUUUAAAAACUGGAGGGUUAUGUUGAGUACAGUAUAACGGGUAUUACAGGUGAUUAUAUCACAAAGUCAAUAUUAUACGUUGUCUCUAUGAGGGAGCAGGAUGCAG